AUACAACACUUACUCAUUUUUCAAAGUCGUAGGGAUUAUUUUGUUUUAUUUAUUAUUUUCAAAAUAUUUCCCAUGUAGAUGUAUUUUUUCCACAUGAACUCGUUCAUAGUUUAAUACAUUUGCUUUUUUUUUUGAAUAACAAUAACAAAGUGAUCCGUUUCGGUUGAGGCAGGCAAAAUUAUUCGAAAAAAAACCAUACAAAAAAUUAUUUCAGUUUAGGAGUACGACAAUUAUCAAAAUUCUUCGAGUUAAAUUGGCAAGCGUUUAAUGCAAGCCAUAAUAUAUAUUAAGCGGAAUCUUUAUCUUUCGGUAUAAUCGGAACACGAAAUUGUAAAGUGAAAAGGGGUCAUCAGAGGUGUUUGAGUCGCGACGCGACUAGUCGAGCUGAGGCUGAGUCGAGACGAGCUGAUCUAUAGAGUGGACAAGGUGGAGGAAGAGGACGAAGACGAAGACGAUGAAACCCGAGCAGCUUAAUCGUCUAAUGCGGGCCAAUAAGCGCAUGCAGCCCUGGUUUCUGCGCAGCACCAACGAGCUAUUCGAGAAUGCAGUGAGAAGCUAUUACGCACGCAGCUCUUCGGUGCUGCCCUAUAAUCCGGACUCCCGCGACACUAAGGGCCGCCAGGAGAAUCCAGGACCUGUGCGCACACUUAAGGCCGCCGAACGGGAACGAUGCAGCCAUAUUGGCGGCACCUAUCCACGAACUCACAAACAGAUGGCCGAUCAGGCUUCUAUUGCCAAUUCGAGCAAUCUGAUUGAGACUGUCAUGCAGGCCAGUCGCCGUCGUUCCAUGUCAUUUAGCAUGGGUGCUGCCCGCAAUUAUAAUAUCUAUGGAGAAUCGUUGCUAAGUGGCAGCAGCUCAAGUUGUUCCAGCGGCAUGGGCAGCGGUGUAAACAUAAUUGACCACCACCUCGGACCCAAAUCAAAUCGAAAGAGGUUAAAUGAUUUGGAAAUACCGCAAGAUGAUAAUGAUAAUGGCGAUAUGACAUUGUUUAGUGGUCGCUCAAUGAGUUUGCCACCAAGGCCCCUGCAUUCGGCGCUAAAACUGGGUUUGGUCAGUUUUGUGAAACAGAAUCCGCCCAGUCGUCUGCAUCAUAUGAAUGCAUUGGAGAAAUCCACAAAAGUGGCAGCAGCAGCAAAAGCAACUGUGGCUGCACGUAGCUACAGCAAUAAUGUUGCCGAAGCGGAACGUCUUAUGGUAAUUGAUAAGGCAUUAAAGCAACGCCUGGCCGUACGUUUUAACCAAGACAAUAGGGACGAGAACGAUGCCAAUACGGGGGAGCGCCGCUUUCGCUUUGGCCUCGGUCUCGACCUCAAUAAUAAUAAGAAGCAGCAGCAGCAUGCCAUGGGUGAGAUGAAAGACCCGCCGACACGUUUCCAAACGCUCGGGCUGGGUGAGCGUAUUAAGCAAUUCGAGUGUAUUCAAUUUGCCGAUGGUCCAGUUACCAAUUAUGCUUUCAAUCGGCAUGCUGGGUAUAUUAAGCCAUAUCAUAGUGCACAGUAUGCGCAAAGGAAGCAAUUGGGCUUCAAAAACGUGCUUCAUACAAACCAUCGGCAACGAAGUAACUGCAAUUAUUCAACAAUAACAUCGAUGUCCAGAAAGCUAAUUGAAUCGCCGCCGCCGCUGAGGCCGCUGGCGCCGAUGGUAAUACGGCGAACGCAGCAUCAGCAGCGAAGCCUCACGGAUGGCCAACAAAACAAUGAGGAGGAGCCAGAAGGACAGCAAAAACAGAAGAAGAAGAAGACGAAACUUAAGGAGCAACUGCAAGAAAACACUGAGACGACAACAACACUCAAAUCGAAAACGAAAUCGAAGAAAACGUCAACUAGUUACGAUGCUUUACAAAUUGCGAUAGACAAAAAUAAGAUGAGUCGCGUUUGUCGUCAUGCCCAUAUGAAGGAUAAAUCAAAAGCUUGCCCUCUGCCCGCUAUAUUAAUGAAACGGGCCAGUAAAUCUCAUCAACAGCAGCAGCUGCAGGAGCAACAACAGCACGAAAAACAGAUACCGUCGACACCUUUGAAAUUAGGUAAUCAGUUGCUUAUGUCAAGUACCUCACAGGUAUCGGCAUACAACCGUGCCAUUAAGAGUCAAACGCUAAGAGAGCAAGCUCUUGAACAAGCGCAACUUAUUGCUGAACAACCAUUUUGCCGCAUGGCUAACAACAACAGCAGCAACAACAUCAAUGCAAAUAGAGGCAAGUUAGCAAUUGCAAGCAAAAUGACAUUAAAAGGACCACUAAUUGUAAUGGCCACUGAUGCGGCAACUGCUGCAAAACGGGCAUGUAAUCGCUCAGGUAUAUUAUCGGCAGCUAGAAAAUAUUUGCCAACAACAAAUACAAAUCUGCCGAUGGCUGUCACAACAACAACAACAACAUUAGCAACAACAUCACCAAUACCAACACUAGCAGCAGGAGCAGCGGUAACAGCUUCAUGCCCAGGCAAUAGCAAGACAAACCACCAUCAACAUAGUCACCAUGAGCAACUGCAAAUCAAUGCAGAUUCAUCGAAAAAGCAUCAAAAUCUAGGUACAGCAACAGCAACUGUAGCGGCAACAGUAUCGCCUGCAACCGUUUACAAACGUGAUUCGGCCAGUCAAAUGCUUACUACACCGUAUCAUCGUCAAAAGCGUGAUCCGGUUAAAGGUGCUCAUAUGGAAGUGCAACAGCAGCACCAGCAGAAACAACAUUACCAUCACCAAUAUCAUGAGCAACAGCAGCAACAUAAACAGCAGCAGCAGCAAUACCAAUUGCAUCAGCAACGCCAACAUAUGCAACACCAGCGUCGACAAUUUCAUUAUCAAUGCCCCUGGCGACCCAGCUACUAAACCACCCCCCCCCCCCCCC